AUGACAAUAUGCAUCAGACGACGAGGUUAUUAUCCAUUGUCGUUAUAUAUGAACAGGCUUUGCUCAAUACGACACAACUCAAUCCUAAGUCAUCGAGCUUCUGAGCGACUACCGACUAAUCUUUAUCACAAGCUAACUCAAUAUGGUCAGAGUGAAGUAAAACUAGUUCCCAAGAUCGAACAUACAGCGUUAUACUCGAGAGUUAUUAAUAAGGAUAAACCGUUUCUGUUGAAUGGGAACCCCACCUUUAAACCUUCGCAGCAUAGACUCUAUCAAUUAUUAGAGGCAAAUGUGUUUCACAUCAUGUGUGUCAUUGAAUGCUUGAAACAGGGGAAGGAUAUUCCACAGUUGCAUAAUGCAUUCUUCAGGCAAAUCAUGGUCCGGUUGAGCAAAACACAGGAACCUGUUGUUUGCGAAAAGCUAGAGUCAAAGCUUAGAAUCCCACAUAGUGCAGUGCUACAAAUGGGUCUCGAGUGUUUUUCUUCAAUUACUGCGCAUAUAAAGGAGCCUUAUACAGAAGAUGACCUUAUAACAUGGAUAGAAUCGAUCAGUGCAAAGUCAGUAUCCUCAAGCAUGUCGCUAAUUACCGAAAACACCCCAGGAUUUGUCUUGUUUGAUAUUCUACUACGAAGUCCUACAUUCAAAGAGCUGUUUCUCGUACAAUAUGAACUAUGGACCCAUAAUAUCAAGUUUUUAAUGACGCAGAUGAGAAAGGAUCCGUACAUAGUAAAGUCAAUGUUGGAUAAUAUGACAUACUAUGGUGUAAUGUAUGAGCCGCAUUGCCUAGUUCAUCUAUAUCAAACCACGUUGGACUUUCUCAUCUCGCCAAACACGAGACAGCAAGUUAAAUUGAAUAGCAAGUUUUUUGAUGGUCUCAUUUGGGAUCUUGCUGUUUAUUCACUUCGAUAUCAAAAACUCGAUCCCAUAGGCAUUGCUAACGCACAAGAAUUGUUAAUGUCCCACGUCAGGAACUCUGAAGGGGGAUCUUUAUCACUAAAGGGAUAUUUAGGUAUAGCUAUUGUCAUGUCCAGGAUUUCAUAUAACAAAGGAGUAGAGAUAUUUCAGGUCGCAGAAAAGAAAUUUGCAAUAGAGACAAGCUCAAAGAAAGACUUAUUGUCAUAUUAUCUAACCAAAAUUCACCUUGCCAAAACACUGGCUGAAGCAGUAAACACAUUCAAAAUAGCAAGUAACCAAUUUGACUAUUCUUCGACGUUAUGGCUAUUCUUUAUUCGAAAGUUAAAGUACCUCAACGUGAUGGAUGAGAAGAGGGCAAAAUUGUUUUAUAAGCAAAUGUCCAGCUCAAAGGUGAAACUUACAAAUGAUAUUGUUUAUGAGUUGUUGCACUUCAUUUGUGACUUCACUGUACUCAAAGAGAUGCUCUGCUCUGUAUCCAAUGGCAAGCAAGGUGUUCUCAAUAGUGCAUUUCGUGCUAGGUACAUCCAAUUACUUCAGCUCCACGAGUUUAAAAAGGGAGAUUUUCCCCAGCUACCUUGGGAUAAACCUGAGCUAGAGGAACGUAAUAGUCACAAUUAUGAUUCUGUUGAGGACUGCAUUACCUAUAUAUACACUACAUCUCCUGUCAAGCCUAUUCAGCUUAUUGUAACUUAUCUCAGGUUUGUGUCAAAGUCGGAUUCGGCCAAGUUUUUCAAGCUAUAUCAAGAGGAGAUCCUACACAAAGACCACUUACCUAAUGCCGCUUGUUUGGAACUUCUUUUGGAUACAGCCAAAGGGUCCGGAGACGCCAAAGUCAGUGACAAUUUGCUUGCCCCACAAUUGGCAAUUCGUGAAUUUCAGAGAAAUGUGAAAGCUACCACGAAAUCUUUUGGUAUUUCACCGCGUGAUGGACUUUGGCAACUGUACAUUUCGCUACUUGCGGAAUUUGACUAUGUUUCCGAACUAUCUAAAAUUAUGAAGUGGUGGCUCGAUCUCAAUUUCAGACCAAAAAAGGCCACUAUUCUUUUACUUUUGAACACUUUGCCAGAGGAGUUUGCGCUAAGACAUAUAAAGCAUCAUCAAGUAGCGAAGCUGAAAAAGGAUUGGGAUUGGCCAACAACACGAGAGUUUAAAAGGUCCAAGUGGUUGCAAAGUAAGUCGAUUGUAAAUAGAUGA